AGCGCACUUAAUAUUGUGUAAAUUGCCGGAUGGAUGACAAUUAAACCAAUUCAUAUCAACGCGGCAGGAACCGGAGAAAACCAGACGAUAUCGGGAAGCCGGCGGUUUCUGUUCUCUUCUGCGACUGACCUCAUCGACCCCUCUCCCAUGAUAUAACCUGGAAUUCAUCGCUCCGACAAGACCUGCUGUCCCUUUUCCCCUCUUUUCUCUCUCUUUCUCACUCUUCGUGCGAUUCAAGUCCCUCAUUCCAUUCCGUCUGGUAUACCGCAAUCAUGUCUUUCAUCCUGGACGAGGCCAACCGCAUUGCGCACCUGUUCGACUACCCCGCCGAGCAGGUCCAUCGAGGGGUCGCUGAAUACAUCCGCCAGAUGGGUGAAGGGCUGACUCAAGAAAACACGACCCUGAGCCAGAUCCCUACCUUUGUGACAUCCGUGCCAAAUGGUACUGAAAAGGGCCUCUAUCUAGCUGUCGACCUCGGUGGCACCAAUUUCCGUGUGUGCUCAAUUGACCUCCAUGGCGAUACUACAUUCUCCGUCACGCAGUCCAAGAUCAUGGUUCCUGGCGAGUUGAUGUCGGCAGAAAACUCAAAGGAGCUCUUCGUGUUCUUGGCCCGGCAGAUCGAAGCCUUCCUACGCAUUCACCACAAUGAGCACUUCGAAACACACCUCCAGCGUCGUCGCGAUGGCACUGCUACACAAGAAAUGUUCGAUCUUGGUUUCACGUUUAGUUUCCCCGUGCGCCAGUCGGGCAUCAACAAGGGCACUCUCAUCCGAUGGACAAAAGGCUACAACAUUCCCGAUGCUGUGGGCCAGGAUGUCUGCGCGCUGUUGCAGUCGGCAAUUGAUGAACUAGAACUACCGGUCCGUGUCGCUGCGCUUGUCAAUGACACCGUCGGAACUCUCAUGGCCCGGUCCUACACUUCGCCUGGGAAAACACGGACGUUGAUCGGAGCCAUUUUCGGCACAGGAACCAACGGGGCUUAUUUGGAGAAGCUUGACCGGGUCACUAAGCUGGAGAAUGGCGAAUAUGGCAAAUACGACAAGUCGACGGGCGAGAUGCUUAUCAACACUGAAUGGGGAAGUUUCGACAAUCACUUGAGCGUGUUGCCCAGCACCAUCUACGACCAGCAGGUAGACGCAGACAGCAACAACCCAGGGAUUCAGAUGUUUGAAAAGCGUGUCUCGGGCAUGUUCUUGGGCGAGGUCCUGCGUCGGGUCCUGGUGGAAAUGCACCACAACCCAUCGGUCAACUUGUUCAAACCUAACGAGACCUCUAACGUCAUUACUCCUGACGAUUCACCCCUCUUCAAGCAAUGGGGCAUCGAUACCAGUCUUUUGAGCUUGGUAGAGACAGACAAGAGUGCAAACCGGGAGCACGCCAAGAAGGCGUUGAAAGACCACUUGAAGAUCGAAAAGGCCAGCAUCACAGAGUGCAAGGCUGUCCAGGUCAUUGGACGCGCUAUUGCUACGCGCGCUGCCCGCCUGGGUGCCGUGCCUCUUGCUGCCAUUGCCGUCUCCACCGGGAGACUGCAGACCGACGAGAUGAUCGACGUCGGUGUUGACGGAAGUCUCAUCGAGUUCUACCCCAACUUCGAGGGACACAUUCGUGAGGCAUUGAAGCAAGUCCAUGACGUGGGUCCUGAGGGUGAGAAGAAGAUUCGGAUUGGCAUCUCCAAGGAUGGCAGCGGAGUUGGUGCUGCAUUGAUUGCUUUGGUUGCCGGUCGUGAAGUCGAAGCGAUGAAAUAUCAAUGAAUGCUUCGCCGCCACCAGCCGCUACCUUACAGCAUUGCCACGGCCUUCUUUGAAGUCUAAUACUCUCGUUGUCCUUCAAAACAUAAUGCUCGUCAUGUUUGACGGCCAUCACCCCCGCCGAGUAGGUGCGGGACGAGGUAUAUCAGUAUCAUCCCCGGAGUUGUACAUUUAUUCCAUGUUGGCAUAGCAUUAUUCGGGAUAUCCUAUAGGCGCGAUGGAUUGUUUUUACUAUGGAGUCUAUUGUUUUGCUAUGAUACUUGAGCAUAUAAACAUCGAAUUAGACCAAUGAUGAAACUAUUGAUCUAACAAGAUCCACCUU